AUGAGUAACUCUUCUUCUGACGAAACCACUUCUAGUGAAACUUCGUCCAAUCCAUCCACUACUCCUUCUCCCAUUCACACGAUAAUCGGUAAUCCCUUCGCAAUGAAUAAUAAUAAUGAAAUACAACAGAGAACACUUAAUGAUUACCUUCACCCCACCCAAACUUCCAUACCAUCAUGCUUCAUAUUUCCACCUAAUAUGCCAAGUCUUGGUGUCAAACCCGGCAUUAUUCAACUUUUGCCAACUUUUCAUGGAAUAGAAAAUGAAAAUCCAUAUGUGCAUAUUAGGGAAUUUGAGGAAGUUGUUGACACUUUUUAUGACCGAGCAACCAUCAAUGAUGCUGCACGCUUAAAGUUUUUUCCCUUCUCCUUGAAGGAUAAAGCUAAAAGUUGGUUGUAUUCUUUGAGAUCUAGGUCUAUCGGAACAUGGGAAGAAAUGACCAAAACAUUUUUUGUUAAAUAUUUCCCUGUCCAUAAGACCAACAGUUUGAAAAGACAAAUCUCAACAUUUUCCCAAAAAGACAAUGAAACGUUCUAUCAAGUCUGGGAGAGAUUUAAAGAUCUCUUAAGUCAGUGUCCACACCACGGGUACGAGAGUUGGCGCAUCGUCAGCUACUUCUAUGAAGGCCUCACAAGUCGUGAGCGCCAGUUCGUAGAAAUGAUGUGCAACGGUGAGUUCCUUCAAAAGGAACCCGAAGAAGCUCUUGAGUUUCUCAUUGAGCUUGCUGAAAAAUCUCACACAUGGACUGGUCCAAGUGCUGCUGAAAGCACCAACAGAAAUCGACUAGCUGGGAUUUACCAACUUCGGGAAGAGGACAGCUUAAAGGCCCAAGUCGAAUCUUUAAAAAAGCAAAUUGAAAUCCUUACGACUAAAGAUGGCCAAAAAGGGUGCAUGGUUGCCCAAGCACAAUCCAGACCACUCGAACCUUGUUUCGUUUGUGGAGAAAAUGGGCAUUUAGCUAAGGACUGCUUAGUUUACAAAGAAAUGAAGGGGGUUCAUGAGGAGCAAUGCAAUGCCUUAGGGCAAUAUAACAAGCCAUUCUCCCAUACGUACAACCCCGGUUGGAGAAACCACCCGAAUUUCGGUUGGAGAGAUAACUCUAACCAAGCUCAAACAUGCCGGAGGACAAUGGAGAAAUGA